AUGUCUCCCGCUUCAACGAAACCCGCCAACAAUCGCCCAUUUGCUGUGCCGGUGGUCACCCUAGAAGAAGUGAAAUCGUCGAGUCUUCACUCAUCCAAGACAAAGACAUCAUACAAGCUGAAUGAUACGGAAUUGAUGAAAAUACUCGGUCGAAGCGAUUUGGUUAAUAAAAAGGUGGCGGUGAUUUCGAUUGCGGGCGCAUUUCGCAAAGGAAAAUCGUACAUGCUCAAUUUUUUCGUCAACUAUCUGGAGAGUUUAAGUGAGGGAAAAGAUGGAGUCGAGUGGUUGACUGCGGAAACGCCGUUGGACAAAUUUCAUUGGCGAUCCGGCUCAAAGCGGGACACAAGCGGGAUUUUCCUGUGGAGUCAACCGUUCAUUUUGAGAGACAAACAUGGAGACGAGAUCGUCCUCCUUUUAAUGGACACUCAAGGGACUUUCGAUCACAAAACGACAAUGAAUGAUCUAUCUACGAUUUUCGCGUUGAGCACCCUUCUCUCAUCGGUGCAAAUUGUCAACGUGAGCCAACAGAUUCAAGAAGAUGAUCUAAGCAAUCUUCGACUUUUCACUGAAUUUGCCCAACUUGCACAAAGCUCGACACAAGACGAGAAUCGCCAUCAAGUGGCUCCAUUUCAAAAGCUUCUCUUCCUCAUCCGAGACUGGCCGAAUUCGGAGGAGUUCGAUUAUGGUUAUGAGGGAGGAAAUGAAUACCUCCAAAAUGUGCUAGCAAUCAAGCCGAAACAAGGAAAACAACUGCAAAAGCUUCGUGAAAGCAUCAAAGCUAGCUUUGAGUCGUUGGAGGCUUUCUUGAUGCCACAUCCAGGUCGUCGUGUCGCAAACAACAACUCGGAUAAAGUGUUUGGUGAAGUCGAGCCGGAUUUCGAGGAACAUCUUCAAUCUUUCGUUGUUUCUCACUUCGAAGAGGAUAUUUUGGAGGCGAAAACGGUGCAAGGAGAAGAGCUUUCGUGUGGAGAAUUGAUGAAACUUUUCAGAACUUACAUGAAGAUCUUCAACAGUGACAAGUUGCCAAAGGUGAAAACGAUUCUGGAAGCGACCGCAGAGGUGAUGAACGGAGUUGCUGAAACGAAAGCCAAAAAUGAAUAUGAUUCAUUAAUGAAAGAGAAAAUCACUGGGGCCGAACCGAACUUGGCGGUGAUGGAAAUUCUGCACAGAUUUCACACCGAAAGCGUCGAUGCGGUGAUGAAAGUUUGGGAAAACCGACCGACAAUGAAUUCUGAUAUUUCGGUGCAAGCGAAUCGUGACAAUCUUCGGGCUUAUUUUGAGGCACGAUAUGCCGAGCACAAGCAAGCGGUUGAACAGAAUGCGAAGUUGGCCAUUGAAAAUCGCCGUAUUGAAGCGGAAAGAGCUCGUUUUUUGGAGGAAGACAAGCUGGCAAAGCAAAAAAAUAAAGAAGAACAAGAGCGAUUGGCACGAGACAGAGCUGAACAAGAAGAGAAAUUCAGAAGAGAACGAGAGGAUAUCGAGAAAAAGAGGAGAAUUGAUGAAGAGAAAAUUCGACAACAACAACUUGAGCAACAGCGUGAAGCUGAACGUCUUCGUCAGGAGCAGCAACGCAUUGAAGCUCAACGCAUUGAAGCUCAACGCAUCGAGGCUCAGCGUCAACAGGAGCAAAGACGCAUUGAGAUUGCCCAAGCUGCAGCGAUGCGCAGUCAUUACUCUCCAUCUUUUAGCAGCACCUCGAUUUACUAUUCUCCAUCACCAUCUCCAUCCCACGGGUCAUCAAAUUUUCGUUCAUCACCAUCUCCAUCCCACGGGUCAUCAAAUUUUCGUUCAUCACCAUCUCCAUCCCACGGGUCAUCAAAUCUUCGUCCUGAACAGUACACGACAAGGGCUGGGAACACUUUCACCCGAUACCGUGACCAGUGGGGGCGUUUCGCAAAAAAAGAA